UUUACAAGCAAUGCAUUAAAUGUAAAACAUUAAUACUCCGUUCAAAUAAGGGAAAAACGGCACAGGUAAAACAAGAAAGCAUAUUUGACACUCCCUUUCUUUUUUCUUCUUCUUUUCAGCAAUGACUUUAUCAACAGAGCAGUUUAAGACUCUUCACUUUGCUUGGUUUGUGGGUCAUGGACUUAUUUUCCUAUCAUGUCUUAUUUCCAUUCUACUCUACCCAUUCUCCAUAUUUUAUCGAUUUGCCUACAUCUCUGUGAUAUCAACCUAUAGCAUCGUCUUGUACAACUCAUACAAGCCACUUCAACAAGGGUUACCGAUCAAGCGCAUGUUACUUGACGAAAACACACAAUACUUUAUCAUCUCUGUCUAUUUCCUAUUCACCAAGAAAAGGCUCGCCACACUGCUACCAUUUAUCGUCUACUCUUCUUUCCAUAUUCUCGAAUACGCCGAGACUGAGCUGAUACCGACACUCUUUCCGGACCAAACUCAGCUCCAGACAAGGAUCAAAGAGUUCCGAACGAAAUAUUACGAACAAGCCAUGGACUUGACAUCCCGAUAUGAAGUAUGCGGCAUCAUGGGCCUCCUCCUGCUCGGAUUCUUUGUACUCCGUACCUCUCUCACCUGUUUACUCCUCUAUGCUCAUUUCUUACGCAUGCGAUACUUUAUGUCAACCUACACACGAAAUUAUAUCGAUGGUAUCUUUGGUCACAUCGAUCGUUUGUUGACAACGCAUCCCAAGGUUCCACCCACAGUCGUCAAGACAUAUGCAAAAGUGAAAGAAGCUUGGAUGAGCGACCCGAUUGAGAAGAAGAAAUUAUAGGAUUUAUUAUUUAAAUAAAGAUGGUAUUAGUGAACGGA